GAACGCAUCAUGACACAACAACGAAGAUGGCGUGUUGUGGGAACUGUUUCGGGUGUAGUCGUUGCAAUGAAGAGGAGACGCGCACGCCAGAGGAGCUGACAAUUCUUGGAGAGACUCGAGAUGAAGAAGAUGAGAUUCUGCCAAGGAAGGACUAUGAGAGUCUGGAUUAUGACCGAUGUGUCAGUGAACCCUAUGUGGACGUUUUGGAGGGGAUGGACAACAAGAAAGCAAAAAAGUAUGAAGCGAUGCGAUGGGUGAUGGUGUUUGCGAUUGGAGCAUCUGUUGGAUUGCUGGGUCUGUUUGUGGAUUACUUUGUACGCUUCUUCACCAAACUCAAGUUCACUUUGGUUGGUUAUUCUGUCGAGGAGUGCAGUGAGAAAGGCUGCCUCCCUCUGUCACUACUGGAGCUCCUGGCAUUCAACAUGACCUUCAUCUUUAUUGCCAGUGUGCUCGUCCUCAUCGAGCCCUUAGCUGCAGGCUCGGGGAUUCCCGAAAUCAAAAGUUACUUGAACGGAGUGAAGAUCCCUGGCAUCGUCCGGCUACAAACGUUUCUCUGCAAAGCUGUUGGAGUUCUGUUUAGUGUCGCUGGAGGUCUUUUUGUAGGCAAAGAAGGUCCGAUGAUACACAGCGGAGCCAUUGUGGGAGCCGGCCUUCCUCAGUUUCAGAGCAUCACUUUUAAGAGAAUUAAAUUAAAUUUUCCAUUCUUCCGGAGUGACAGGGACAAGCGAGACUUUGUGUCAGCUGGUGCUGCUGCCGGAGUAGCCGCUGCCUUUGGCGCUCCCAUCGGGGGGACCCUGUUCAGCCUGGAGGAGGGCUCCUCUUUCUGGAACCAGGCCCUCACCUGGAAAGUGCUCUUUUGCUCAAUGUCUGCUACGUUCACCCUCAACUUUUUCCGUUCGGGGAUCAACUUCAACAAGUGGGGCUCCUUCCAGCUGCCUGGCCUGCUCAACUUUGGAGAGUUUAAGUGUUCAGAUGAAGACAAAAACUGCCACUUGUGGACUGCAGUGGACCUGGCCUUCUUUGUCUUGAUGGGGAUCGUGGGUGGGCUGCUGGGAGCGCUCUUCAACUGCAUGAACAAAAACCUCACCAAGUAUCGCAUGAGACACAUCCAACCGAAGGCCAGAUUUAUCAGGGUUUUAGAGAGCCUACUCGUUGCCAUGGUGACAACAGUGGUGGUUUUUGGCGCGUCCAUGUUGUUGGGCGAAUGCAGGGACUUGUACUCUCCUCCAACACAUAACACCACACUUUCUGUCGGUGAGGACAUCAACUCAACCAUCCGCCAGUACUUCUGCUCCAACAAGACGUAUAACGACAUGGCUACCUUGUUCUUCAACCCGCAGGAGGCUGCCAUCCACCAGCUUUUCCACCAGGAUGGUACCUUCAGUCCGGUGACUCUGUCGGUGUUCUUUCUGCUUUACUUCCUGUUGGCCUGUUGGACCUACGGCGUGUCAGUACCCAGCGGUCUCUUUGUCCCGUCACUGCUAUGUGGGGCCGCCUUUGGACGAUUGGUCGCCAACAUCCUUAAAGUGAAACUGGGAAUGGACAUCUACGCCGGCACCUUUGCUCUCAUUGGAGCUGCUGCAUUCCUCGGAGGCGUUGUCAGAAUGACCAUCAGCCUUACUGUCAUCCUCAUUGAAUCCACCAAUGAAAUCACAUAUGGACUCCCUAUUAUGAUCACCCUAAUGGUUGCAAAAUGGACCGGGGAUUUGUUCAACAAGGGCAUCUAUGACAUUCACAUCCAGCUGAGAGGAGUUCCACUUUUGGAGUGGGAGACUGAGGUUGAGCUGGACAAGCUCACCGCCAGCGAUAUAAUGGAGCCCAACCUGACCUACGUGUACCCCCACACCCGGGUGCAAUCUCUAGUCAGCAUCCUGCGCACCACCAUUUACCACGCCUUCCCCGUGGUCACUGAAAAUCGCCCGAACGAGCAGGACUUCAUGAAGGGCAACAUCCUCGUCAGCAACAACAUCCACUUCAAGAAAUCCAGCGUUGUAUCACGCGCAAGUGAGCAGAGACGGCGCUGCCAAUCCAUGAAGUCGUACCCCUCCAGUGAACUCAGAAACGUUUGUGAUGAGCAGCGAGCUGCCGUGGAGCCAGCGGAGGAGGGAGAGGACCUCCUGCAGCAGAUGUUGGAGAGGAGGCAUAUGCCCUACCCCAACUUGUGCCCAGACCAGUCCCCCAGUGAGGAGUGGACAAUGGAGGAGCGUUUUAGGCCGCUCACCUUCCAUGGCCUCAUCCUGCGCUCUCAGCUGGUCAAUCUGCUCAUGAGAGGCGUGUGUUAUGCUGAGAAUCAGCCGAGUGCCACGCAACCCAGAUUGACAUAUGCAGAGAUAACUGAAGAUUAUCCCCGUUUCCCUGAUAUCCACGACUUGGACCUGACCCAGCUCAGUCCCCGCAUGAUUGUGGACGUCACUCCUUACAUGAACCCGUGUCCCUAUACUGUGUCACCAAACACCCGCAUCUCCCAAGUAUUCAACCUGUUCCGAACAAUGGGACUACGGCAUUUACCCGUGGUCAACGCCGUAGGAGAAAUUGUUGGGAUCAUCACGAGACAUAAUUUGACUCAUGAAUUCCUUGUGGCCAAACUGCGACAGCACUACAUCACAAUUUGAUUGGACCGGUUUCAUUUCGCAUCUUUAAUUGACCACCAUUCCAUGCUUGUUGAUGUAAAUUAUGUUCUAUUUUUUUAAUCCCUAUUGUGUUUUAAUUACUGUAUAUGUUUGUAAACCACUUUUAUUAUAUUGUCUUAUUGCUUUGCAUUAUUAAAGCUGUUAAAAUGCUG